AUGGCCCCCCUUCCCAUGUUGCAACCCUCCAAGAUUCCCCUAGGGACCAAAAGACAACAACAAUCCUCCGUCGGACCAGCCCGUCACACCAGGCAAUCAAUGCCGUUCAUAGUUACAGAAUCACACCAAAACACCAGACUACUCCCGUCCUUUUUUCAGCCUUCCCACAAGCCGACGUCGUCUCUGUUUCGUUUCCACCCGCAUACAAUUCUCGCUAGCACCAAAAGCCACCCACUCGUCCAUUCGUCGUCCGCCGCAUCUUGUCUCCAGUCUCCUCCUUUUCGAGCGCCAGUCUCCAGUCUCCCAGCUCUCCUCCCCCCCAUCCCCGCCCCCUGCGUCCUAGCGGAGCCCUACAAGGACAAGAGAGAGACAAGCUGUGACAGAAACUGGCUUGCACCGCGCGUUCAAGUCUCUUCGAGUCUGGACCGUCUAGACCUGCCCAUGGGUCCCUGCUUCGACAGGCCGCUCAAUCCUGCACCCAUUGAUCACGAAGUCAAUUCAAUUUCCGCUCUGUUUCUAAUACUCACCAUAGGUCGCAGGCGAGCUUCAAGGUUUUUUCUCGCAAUAUCAACCGCCACAUGGUCGGCCACUCAUCUACCGUGUACGGGUUGCGCCCACUCGGUGGCCUGUCAGUCGCCCUCCCUGUCACCAGCUCUUCUUCACUAG